AUGGCUGUGAAAACGUACCUGUUCGACUGCGACAACACGCUGGUGCUGUCGGAGGAGCUGGCAUUUGAGGGCUGUGCCGACCUGUUGAACGAGAUAUGUGCAGCCAAGGGCGUGAGCCCGCCGCCCAGCUUCACGGGGGGGAAGCUGAUCACCGAGUUUGUGGGGCAGAACUUCCGCGGCAUGCUGGCGUCGCUGCAGCAGCGCUACGGCUUUCCGCUGGCGGCGGACGAGGCGGACGGCUACGUCGUGCGUGAGGAGGAUGUGGUGAUUGCGCGACUUCGCAGUGGGCUGGCGCCGUGUGUCGGUGUCGAGACGCAGCUGAAGCGGCUGCAGCAGGCGCCCGAGCGACCGACGCUCGCGGUGGUGUCGUCGUCGGCGCUGCGGCGUCUGCGUGCCAGCCUCGAGACGGUCGGCUUCGACCGCUUCUUCGCGGCCGACCAGGUCUACUCGGCCGCCACCAGCCUGCCGACGCCGACGAGCAAGCCGGACCCAGCCGUCUAUCUGCACGCGCUCGAGCAGCUCGGCGCUCAGGCCGCGUCCAGCGUGGCCGUCGAGGACAGCCGCAGCGGCACGCUCAGCGCCGUCCGUGCCGGCAUCCCCGUCAUCGGUUAUGUCGGGCCCUACCCGGCCGACCGCCAGGACAGCAUGGCGGCCGUGCUGCGCGAGGCCGGCGCCCGUGUCGUCAUCCGUCACUGGGACGAGUUUCCCCAGGCCGUGGCCGAGAUCGAGGCGGCCUAG